UCCUCCUUCCCUCCCUCCCUCCCCCCUCCCCCCCUUUAAUACUUCGACUUCUGCUGCCUCCUCCGCCGUUGCCGCCGUCGCUGCUGUGUUUGCGCCUUGGAGAUGUCCUUCCCCCAACUGGGCUACCCGCAGUAUCUCAGCGCCAGCCAGGCUGUGUACGGGAGCGACCGGCCUGGGGUCCUGGCCGCAGCCGCAGCCGCUGCAGCAGCGGCAGCCGCCUCGGGCCGGCCCGGGGGCGCGGAACUCGGGAGCGGCUCAGCCGCUGUCACCUCUGUGCUAGGCAUGUAUGCCAGCCCCUACAGCGCGCCCAACUACAGCGCUUUUUUGCCCUACACCGCCGACCUCAGCCUUUUUUCCCAGAUGGGUUCUCAGUAUGAACUUAAGGACAAUCCAGGAGUCCAUCCUGCAACCUUUGCAGCUCAUACCGCCCCUGGCUAUUACCCUUAUGGACAGUUCCAAUAUGGGGACCCGGGGAGGCCCAAGAACGCCACUCGGGAAAGCACCAGCACCUUGAAGGCCUGGUUGAAUGAACAUCGCAAGAAUCCUUAUCCCACGAAAGGGGAGAAGAUCAUGUUGGCCAUCAUCACUAAGAUGACCCUUACUCAGGUCUCCACCUGGUUUGCUAACGCCCGCCGAAGGCUAAAGAAGGAAAACAAAGUGACUUGGGGGGCAAGAAGCAAAGACCAGGAGGACGGCAACCUUUUCGGUAGCGACAACGAAGGGGAUCCAGAAAAGACAGAAGAUGAUGAGGAGAUAGACUUGGAGAGCAUAGAUAUUGACAAGAUUGAUGAGAACGACGGAGAACAGAGCAACGAAGAGGAGGAGGAUAAAUCUGAAAAUCUCAGGACCAGUGAAGAAGACAGUCUGGACAAGGAGAAAGAGUUGCCCUUGUCAGGAUCUGAAGGACUUAAACCCAAAGACUCUCUGUCCCUGUCGAAAGACAUCUCUGACAGUAGCACACGGAUCUUGAGCCCUAGCGGACAAAGCAAUUUGCAGGGGCCACCUCACAAUAAACCCAAGAUCUGGUCUCUGGCGGAGACUGCCACCAGCCCUGAUGGCGCCCUUAAGUCCUCCCCGCCUCCUCCACCCCCUCCUUCUUCCCAGGUCAAUCACACUUCCCAGCUCCAGCACCCCGCUUUCUUGCCCAGCCACGGACUCUACACGUGCCAAAUUGGCAAAUUUCACAACUGGACAAACGGGGCUUUUCUCACUCAGAGCUCUCUCUUGAAUGUUAGGUCCUUCUUAGGAGUAAAUCACCACCACGCAGCACACCACAACCACCACCUCCAGGCCCAGCAAGCGCCUUCCGUCCUCACAGCCACUCUGGGAGCGCUCAAUAGCGACAAAGCCUCCGAAAGAAUCAGUCCUAAACACACAGAAAGAGAAAAUGUACCCAGGACGGAUUCUCCUCCUCAGCAGUUAAAAUCGCCCUUUCAACCUGUCCGCGACAAAUAAGGAAUACAAGAAGAGUGGAAAAGAAGAACUAUGGGAGAGGAAGAAGAUGAGGGUGAAUGAGAUUUUACUUCAUUGUGUGUCUUCUCACCUGUUUGAAGACUCCUUCUGUACAUGUCACUGCUAUGCUGUUAGAAGUUAAGUCUUUUGUUAAAUUAUUUAAAGCUUUGGGGCUCUGCCAAUCAGGGCAGGAUUAAAGCUGCAUUUUCCUUUUGGGUUCCUGUUGGUGUGCCGCUGUCUGCUUUUCCUAACAAAAUAGCAAAGAGAAAAGCAAAUAGAAAGAGGAAAGAAAUUAACAUUGAUUACACAUUAAUCCUGCUGAAUUGGACUAUCUCUGAAAGUUGAUAAAGGGUCAGAAUCUUAUCAGGAAUUAGAUCUUAUAAUUCCUUGUGAAAGAAAAUUUUCUAUUAAACCACAUCAAGAUUUGUUAAUGCCUUUUUCUUGCCCACUUUCUUCCUUAUAUUUAUUUAUAAAUUUGAAAGCCAAAUGUGCUUCUUAUUAAUCUAUGUAAAAUAGAAUUCUUUUGAGGUUAGAAUCUUUUGAGGAUAAAUUGAAUUGAAAAUAAUAUGUAAUGAUCAUGGAAAUUUGUGGAUUUCUUUUUCUUAAUGUUUGAAGCAGUGUUUUAUGAAGCCUAUUACUUUAGGCAGAAGAGAAUAAAGCUAGCUGAACAUUACUGACAUACUUCAAAAAAUAUCAAAUAAAAUACAUCCAGCUGGCACAAUUAUCUUUCAAGUACUUUAGUGGAAUUAGGAUACUGAGAAAAAGAACCUGAAAUGACAGAUUAUCUUUGUGAAACCUAGAAAAAGUCACAGGAAAUCUCGUGAUUCAUUCAGAGACUGCUUCAUUCUAUACUCAAUGUAAGUGGAGGAGCCUAUAAUGGUUUCUCUUACUCAUCUCUUAUAAUAAUAAACAUAAUUAUUACAUUUAAAUCAUUUGGUUCAAAGGGUUAUGAAUCUGCUCAUGGAGAUUUUGAUCUUAAUAUUAUCAACACAGCCAGGGACUUCUUACGAAAUUGAUAAAUCUUGUCUGUUAGGCAAACAUUUAACCUUUUGGUAUCUAUUCUUUCUUCACCUAUGAAAUGAGAGCAGUGCUUCUAAUGAGUAAAUUGUAGUGAACAAUAAAGGGAAUUAAUAGAAAAACCCAGCAAUCCUGUGUAAGUUAAGCAUACAGAAAGUAACUUCAGGGAAUGCCUUGACUUAUGAUAUAAAGGGAAUUAUAGAAGUGACUGUUAUAUACUGAAGAUAUUUAGGAAACUCCCAAAUUCUUUAUUCAUUCAAGGAAACAAAUUAACGAAUCACUUAUUUCUGCUUAGCUGUAGCUCUGAGGUUUUGGGGAAAAUUAGGAGAUAAAUCUCCCCUUUUUCUUUUCAACAUGGAAGAGGGCACUUGAGAACCCUGUCAGCAGCUCUCGGAUUUCAGCCAGUCGGGUUGUGGUUGCACAAGGUGCCUUCCAGCUGGGAGUCUUAAAAGUCUUAAGUGCCUGGCAGCUGGCACAAAGAUUGUCUCACCAGGUGAUUUUUAUGCAUCAUUGCCCUAUGCUUCCUUUCCUUUGAAAGAGAAAGUAAAUAAAUAUAUUUAUGUUUCAAGGGGGAAAGAUCAUAACUGUCAUAGUUGUCACAGACAGACAACAGCAAUGUGUGGAAGCUGCACAUUCCUUUGAGCCACAUGCAGGGGUUGUUCCUUGAGGUAUGUUACAACAACCAUGUAAAAUUCAAGUGCUUAGCAACAGGCUAGGUUAAGGGAUCCUGGUUUAUCCAAAGCAAUUGCCUUGUUACCCAGGCAUGAUUUCAGAAAAUAGGGACUAAUUGCCUAGAAUUUUCUUUCUGUCUCUGUCUCUGCUUGCUUUCAACACUUAGGGAAAAAUAUGCUUUUUGCAAGAAUGCUGUUAAGGUGAUCCUGUGUUGUUUUCCUGCCCUUGUGAUAUCUCCAAACCCCCAGACCUUCUUUGUCAUUUGAAAUCAUCACUAAUUUUUUUUGAGGGGGAUCCAUUAAUUUCAAAGGAAGAAUACUUCAUUUUGUAAACCAAUAAAAGGGUUUCAAAUCAAUGCAGAGAAAAUAUGAACUGGCAAAGUAUUCCCUUCCCAAGAUUUCUGUGGUUUCUUUAAAUUUCAUCCCCUUUAUGUUAUUAUUUGCCUUAGAAAGCCAGGAUCUGACUGUUAAUUUUCUUUGAAAGAUCACAUCCACAGUAAUGCUUUUUGGUGCCUAUUUGGUACAAAGAAGACUGCAUUUCCCUGUAGCUUCUUUGGGGAGCAAUAUUUGCAUGGGGUAAGACUGAAAGAAAAAGGAGAGAUUCAGAAUUCUGGUGAGAGAAGUUGGAAAUGAAGACAAAUUUUAAGUCUUAUUUGGACCUGAAGAGCAGCCCGUAUGCUAUAACAAUACAACCCCAGAAAGGAAGAAAGAAUGAUACUACAUAAAGUCAUGUGAAUUGAGAAACACUGAGGACCUGUUGUUUCACCUGUAAUGUAAAUCAUGCAGGCUCUAUAGUUUUAGCAGGCUCAGUGAGAUGCAUAAUAAGGAAGGAUUGCUUCACAAUGACUAAAAUGGAAGAGUUUUUCUAAAAAUCUAAGGUCUCUGUUUUGCAUAUUUUCUUGAAAUAAGUAAUGCCCAUUCUAUAGCUCAUGUCUUGUUAGUAUGAAAGCUGUAGGGACCUUUGGGGAAUAAUCUCUAGCAAAUUUUCAUAUUUUCAGAGCAAAUUGUGAUUGGAAACAAAAUGAAUCGUAAAGAUCAUAAUUGAGAAAGUUCCCCUAAAGCUGAUUAUGUCCAUCCUAUCAGAUCUCAGGCACAAUUGGUUCAUUUACAGAAUGAAUAUCUAAUUUAAUAUAUAAUAGUAGAUUAUAUUUUGGAUAAUCAAUGGUUAAUAUAAUUAGUUACUCUAUUGGAUUAAAAUGUAAAAACCAAAACCAUUUGUAUAUUAUUAUAUAGAAAAUCUCCUUAAUUAGAAGAAUUAUUUUCAGUUUUCAGAAUGUUCACAAAACAAAUACCAGAAUUCUUGCAUGGUGUUUCACUAACAUUUAGUAGAUGAUAGAGCAGUCACUAAUCUGGUAGAAUAAUAUUCAGGCAAAAUAUAAUCUAACCCAGUUGAGGCUUAAAGUAAUGUUAAAGACAACAUGGGGAGAGAAUUGUGAUUCCUCCAGAAAAUUAUCUUACUUUUCUGUGCAUUAACCUGACAUAGAGCUUACUUGAACUUUUGGUUGAAUUUUUGAAGCCCCUACUAGCCAUAGGUUUCUUGCCUCAGCAGUGGGAGGACCUUAGAAUGGCCUCCCCUUCUCUUAUUCCUUAGUUGUAAUAUUCUUCUCUAAAAUAUAAUGUUCUCUGGGAGCAGGUUUCU